CUGUCCUCAUCACCCCAUCCGGCGCCUGCCUGCCCUCCGCAGGGCGGGGAAAGGGUGGGCCAGCUCCCCUGAGCCCCUGGGAGAACAGGCUGGCGGGGGGAGGGUAGCCAGCGCCAAGAGAUGGAGGGCAGUGGCGGCCACAGCAGAACCUCCAGGAGGUGACCGCCUGCUUUCCAUUAGGGAGCCCUGGUCAGCAGUUCCGGAAAGACGGCAGACCUGGGGCUGGCUAUGUGGCUGAGCCUACUGCUGAUGCCCCUGCUGCUGCCCGGGCCCCCGCCCGCCCUCGGCAUGGAGGACGCCUCGUUCCCCCACCUGGGGGAGAGCUCGCAGCCCCCGCCCCGGGCCUGCCCCCUACGCUGCUCCUGCCCCCGGGCUGACACAGUGGACUGUGCCGGCCUGGAGCUUCGGGUGUUCCCGGACAACAUCACCAGGGCAGCUCAACACCUCUCCCUGCAGAACAACCAGCUCCAGGAGCUCCCCUACAACGAGCUGUCACGCCUUAGCGGCUUGCGGACCCUCAAUCUCCACAACAACCUCAUCUCCUCCGAGGGCCUGCCUGACGAGGCCUUUGAGUCCCUCACGCAGCUGCAGCACAUCUACGUGGCCCACAACAAGCUCUCUGUGGCCCCCCAGUUUCUGCCCCGCUCCCUCCGUGUCGCGGAUCUGGCUGCUAACGAAGUGACAGAGAUCUUCCCACUCACCUUUGGGGAGAAGCCGGAGCUCAGGUCCGUGUACCUCCACAACAACCAGCUGAGCAAUGCGGGCCUGCCCCCCGACGCCUUCCACGGCUCCCAGGCAGUCCUCACCCUCAGUCUCUCCAGCAACCAGCUCAGCUAUGUGCCGCCCAGCCUGCCAUCCUCGCUGGAGCGGCUCCACCUGCAGAACAACCUCAUCUCCAAGGUGCCCCGAGGAGCCCUGAGUCGCCAGACCCACCUCCGGGAGCUCUACCUACAGCACAACCAGCUGACGGACAGCGGCCUGCAUGCCACCACGUUCAGCAAGCUGCACUGCCUCGAGUACCUGGACCUGUCCCACAACCAGCUGGCUGCGGUACCCGCCGGCCUGCCGCACACCCUGGCCGUGCUGCACCUGGGCCGCAACCGCAUCCGCUGGGUGGAGGCUGCCCGGCUGCGCAGCCUGCGAGGGCUGCGCUACCUGCUGCUGCAGCACAACCAGCUGGGGGCGGCAGGGCUGCCGGCCGGGGCACUGCGGCCGCUGCGGGGCCUGCACACGCUGCACCUCUACGGCAACGGUCUGGACCGCGUGCCCCAGGCGCUGCCCCGCCGCCUGCAGGUCCUGGUGCUGCCUCACAACCGCGUGACCACGCUGGGUGCCCGCGAUCUGGCCGCCACGCCCAGCCUGGCUGAGCUCAACCUGGCCUAUAACCGCCUGGCUAGUGCCUGCGUGCACCGCCGGGCCUUCCACCGGCUGCGGGCCCUGCGCAGCCUCGAUCUGGCCGGCAACCAGCUGACCCUGCUGCCCUCUGGCCUGCCCGCCAGCCUGCACACCCUGCGGCUGCAGCGAAACCAGCUGCGGGCCCUAGAGGCUGAGCCGCUGGCCGGCCUGGACCAGCUUCAGGAGCUCUGCCUGGCGCAUAACCGGCUGCGUGUGGGUGACAUCGGGCCUGGCACCUGGCAUGAGCUGCAGGCCCUACAGGUCAGGGGUGGGCUGCUUGGCCACGCUGAAUGCCCGCAGGUGUCCCCACGGCCCCUCCACUCCCCGGCCUGCCUUCCCAGCAACUCCCCUGUGCUGGACCUCAGCCACAACGAGCUGUCCUUCGUGCCCCCCGACCUGCCUGAGGCCCUCGAGGAGCUGCACCUGCAGGGCAACCGCAUCAGCCACGUGGGCCCCGAAGCCUUCCUCAGCACGCCCCGCCUACGUGCCCUCUUCCUCAGGGCCAACAGGCUUCACGUGACCAGCAUAGCGCCCGAGGCCUUCCUGGGCCUCCCGCACCUUCGCGUGGUGGACACAACGGGUAACCCUGAGCCAGUCCUGGUCCAGCUGCCACCCACAGCCCCACGUCGGCCACGGGCAGAGGGCCCCUGA